AAGUGUACUGCAAUGAGCGCUCAGUUCGACCAGUCGCGCCUUAUUUGGACACCUACUUACCCGUCUCAUGUCGUCUCCGAGAAGCUAAGGCGUGAAAUCAACCUUAAACACAACUUGAAACUUAAGGACUAUCAUGACCUGCAUACAUACUCGGUGUCCGAUUACACCUUCUGGCUCGACCUCUGGCAGUUUAUGGGUAUUUUGUCUUCUGUUCCCCCAGAUCCCACAAAGAUAGUCCAAAAGGGCAAAUACGAAGAAGUACCCGAAUGGUUUCCCGGAGUACGCCUCAACUACGCGGAGAACCUUCUCUACCGAGACGACGAUGGUAUCGCAUGUACAGCAGGCAAUGAACUCGGAGUUGUGACGCAUUAUAGCUUCCGCCAGCUAAGAGAGAUGGUGCGCGAAAUGGCAGCCGCAAUGCGCGCGAAUGGAUUGAAGGUUGGAGAUAGGGUUGCAGCUAUCAUCACCAACUCCAUCACCGCUGUGGUAGUUGCUCUAGCGGCUUCCAGUGUAGGGGCAAUGUUCUCCAGUACCGCAACUGACAUGGGUACCCAGGGCAUACUCGAUAGGUACAGGCAGAUUAAACCAAAGCUCAUUUUCACAGAAACGGAGAUUGUUUACGCGGGGAAGACAGUCAGCCUAGUGCAGAAGGCUUCGGAAGUGGAGCAGGAUCUCCGCGCAUAUGGCGUACAGCGCAUCAUUACCUUACCAAGUGUGAAGACCGGAAACACUGUCCCAGAAUCUCUAAACAUACCCAACAGUGUCACAUUAGAUUCUUUCCUUGCAUCAGGUGAUAGUCGACCACUAGAAUUUGAGCAGUUACCUUUCAGUCAUCCGUUGUACAUCCUAUACUCCUCGGGGACAAGCGGUCCGCCGAAAUGCAUAGUCCACUGCGGUGGGGGCGCCCUCAUGAACAGCAAGAAGGACAGCAUGGUUACCUUCGGCAUCCUCCCAACUGAUGUCUCUUUCCAAUACACGACGACGGGCUGGAUGAUGUGGCCAUCCAUGCUCACAGGUCUUGCAUGUGGUGCACGCAUUGUCCUCUUCGACGGGUCACCAUUCCACCCUGACCUCAGGAGUUAUCUCAAGUUCAUUAAUGACCAGGGUGUCACGGUGUUCGGCACAAGUCCACGCUUCCUGACCGAAGUCCAGAUGAGGGAUAUCAAGCCGCUUGAAAUUGCAUCCUUUGAAGCUCUUCGUGAGAUGAAAGUCACAGGAGCUGUAAUGACUGCACCUUUGAUGGAGUGGACGCACGAGGCGUUUGGUAGGAAGCUGCAUAUAGCUUCGUCUUCUGGAGGGACAGAUGUGUUCUGUUCAUUUGUCUCUUGUGUGUUGAGUUUCCCACUAUAUGCUGGAGGUUGUGUCCGAAGUACCAUUCUCUUAACUUGGACUAACUGUGCAUUCCACACAGAACUCCAAGGCAAAUCUCUCGGCAUGGCCGUUGAAAUAUUCGAUCCUGCGGGCAAGAACAUCGAGAACACAGGUCAGCCUGGUGAGCUCGUCGUCACCCGUCCGCAUCCCUCAAUACCUGUUUGUUUCUGGGGCGACGAGUCUGGCAAAAAGUUUCGACAGGCAUAUUACGACACGUACCCAGGAGUCUGGCAUCAAGGCGAUUUUGUAGUCAAGAAUCCGAAGACGACAGGGUUCAUCUUUCUAGGGCGGAGGGUACCGACUAUUUUUAUCGAUGGCGUACUCAACCCCUCUGGUGUCCGUUUUGGCUCAGCAGAGAUCUACGCUGUCCUAGAGUCUUUCUCCGACGAGCUCGAUGACUCGUUGUGUGUGGGUCAACGGAGGACACAUGACCCUGACGAGCGUGUCCUGCUCUUUCUAAAGAUGCGCUCAGGGCGCAAGCUCACACCUGUCCUCAUUGACCGCAUCAAAAGUGCGAUCAGGACCAGCCUUAGCCCGAGACACGUCCCAGCCUACGUGUUCGAUACCGCAGAUAUCCCGUAUACUGUAAACGGCAAGAAAAUUGAGAUUGCAGUGAAGCAGAUUGUUUCGGGGUCCAAUCUAAAACCGAGUGGGACUGUGGCAAACCCUGAGUCACUUCAGUUGUACUAUAAGUACAGGGACAUCGAAAGUUUGGCGGGCGUGAAGACGAUAGCGAAGCUCUAAUUGUAGACGUUGCAAUAACUUGUGGGCACAAUCA